GAGAGAGGAGGUGGCACGGAUACGAACGGGUGUUUGGAGCGGCGGGAUGGGCCCGGGAGGGGUGGAGACACCGCCCCGCCCUCAGAGGAGGCGGCAGCGAGAGGGGAACCUCUGCGAGGAACCUGCGCCUCGGCCCCUUCCCGCGUCCCCUGCCCCAGGCGGUCGCCAGCGCAGUCCCCGGCAGCGCCGGCGGAGGCGGCGGGCGAAGCGCAAGCCCCGUGUCCCGGAGGGCAGCACACGGUCACCCGCGCAGAGCACCAUCCCUGGCCCCGGACCCACGCCGGUCGCCCGUGCGUGUCUGCGCGCCCACACUCCCUCCGCAGAGCGCGCCGCCCACGCCCCGGGCCCGCUGCCUGCCGGGCGCCGGAUCCGCCUCCGGGGCUGGGCCCGGAGGGUCCUCGGCGGAGUCCCGAAGGCUGCGGCCCCCGCCCCGCCCUCCUCCCCGCCCUCCUCCGCCCGCGCUCCUCCGGGUCGCCGCGGCUCCUCCUCCAGACCUCCCCGCGAGCCGGUGGCGGCGCGGAGCAGGUGCUGACGAAGCCCGCGCAUGCCGCUGCCCGGCCCGAGGCGGUAGCGGCGCCGGGCGCUCCGCCCGCCCCUCCUCCGGGCCGCACUCGGUCUCCGGCGCGCGCGGGGACAUGUCGGUGGCGACGGGCAGCAGUGAGGCGGCCGGCGGGGCCGCCGGCGGCGGCGGCGCGCGGGUUUUCUUCCAGAGCCCCCGGGGCGGCGCCGGCGGCAGCCCGGGCUCGAGCAGCGGUUCGGGCUCCUCCCGGGAGGACUCGGCGCCCGUGGCCACGGCGUCCGCUGCCGGGCACGUUCAGCAGCAGCAGCGGCGCCACCAGCAGGGAAAAGUGACAGUGAAAUACGAUCGCAAGGAGCUUCGGAAGCGGCUCGUGCUGGAGGAGUGGAUCGUGGAGCAGCUGGGACAGCUUUACGGCUGCGAGGAAGAAGAAAUGCCAGAUGUGGAAAUUGACAUUGACGACCUUCUCGAUGCAGACAGUGAAGAAGAGAGAGCUUUAAAAUUACGGGAAGCUCUCGUAGACUGCUACAAACCAACAGAGGAAUUUAUCAAGGAGCUGCUCUCCCGGAUCAGAGGCAUGAGGAAACUAAGCCCCCCGCAGAGGAAGACUGUAUAAUUCCGGACCAGGUGGAGCUCCCCUGGAGACCCAGGAAGGGAUUUCGACUUCACGAAGACUUUUAUUAAAGAAGAGUUGUCCUUAUGAGCAACUUUUUGGGGGGUAGGGAGGGGUGGUAUCUAUUAGACAUUUAUUCAGGAACGUUACUUUUUUGUUGUUGUUCUGAAAGGUUUUGUUGGUGUGUAAUAUUUUAAUAGCAAAGACAUCAUCACUCUGGUUUCAGCCCAACCAGGGAUUAACAAACCAGGCAGACAUGCAGGGAUGGGCUGGGCCAGGCAUCUUCUUGGAGAAACCAGAUGUUUAGGACCUAACGAUACAGGGCUGAUGGUUUUCUUAGACUUUUUUCUUAAGUUGUACAUUUGACUCAGAAGUUGAAUUUCUCGUGCUUGCAUAUAUCUUCAGGCAACUAAGUUAACAUGUUGAUGUGAGUUUUAUUUCACACUGAUGGAAUAAACUUGUGGUUGUCCUUUCCUUGGAGGUCACAGCACGUAUGUUUUCAAGAGGCCACUAGGUAUUCUUCGUGUGAGUGCUGGAGACCUACAACAUUCACUUUUAUGCACCAAAGUGAAAGAAUUCAGUGUAUCCGUUAUUUUAAUGAGCUGCACUACAGCAUUGUGGGGUUGGUCAAGGGCUUAAUUUAUGGACUUCGUAUCAUUGUUAAUCGGAUGCUUUGCCAGGUUAUGUACUUAUUGCCUCAUUUGUGGUAUUAUUCAAGUUUCCUGAACCCUUUCUUUGAAUGUUUAUUCAGAUUUCUAGAGAAAUGCCCACGCUGCCUGAGUGGUGUUUUGCAGUGGAACAAGGAAGCGCCGCGUAGCAAUUCAUUCUCUGCUUUCAACCAAAUACUAUGUAUUAUUAUUCUCUCUCCAUGAAAGCAGGUCAUAAGGAAGUGAGCAGAUUACGUUUCUUCCUCCUUAGAAGUAGAUCUGGUCACUGGUGACCGGGCAGCAUCAGAACAAGGGCCGGGUGAGCAGAUGUAAAAGGGAGAAAGCCUCACCUCCUCUCAAGAAAGUGGAUACAGGAGCAUUUGCUGGUUUGGAAGCAUAGUGGAGAUUUCAUUUCUGGCUUCUCUUAGUGGCAUGUGGUGAGGACUCUGGCCCUAAUUGUGCACCCUGAUUCCUUUGCUCGGAGCAGAGCGUGGGAUGCCUGCCUUGCCCCUCUCAGUUCUAUACCAGCUCCUUGGAGAAGGAUCAAAAUGCAGAUGGAUAUGGGCGGGGUCAGAGGUCAGAGGAAAAACUCUUGCUUUCCUCCAGGAGGACUGCCUCCCCACAGAAACCCCCCAUACUGUAAGGUGUCUCUAGGUGGCCCUGUCAGAGGACAGGGGUCAGGCAUUUUAUAUCAAGGGUGCUCUGAACAUAUUUUAUUU